GAGGGGCGCGGAGGCCGGGCCGAUGAGGGGCCUGGCGCGGCCGGCGCUGAGGGCGCGAUGGUGGCGCUCGCUCUGGGCGCUGCCGGCAAGGGCCGCCGCCAACGCCGCUUCUUCGCCUCCUCCUCCUCCUCUUGCCGGAGCCUCGCCGGGCGCGCUGAACCCGUUCGACCGGCGGCUGAAGCGGAAGCAGAAGAACUGGGCGGCGCUGCAGGCCGAGCCCGCCAAGUGCGAUUACCUGCGGGAGGAGGUCGGCGGCAGGAUCGCGGACCGGGUGUUUGACAUCACCAGAACGUUUCCUCUGGCUUUGGAUGUUGGCUCUGGAAGGGGUUACAUAGCUCAGCACUUAACCAAGGAAACAGUUGAAAAACUUAUUCAAGUUGAUAUCGCAGAGAAUGCUUUAAAAAAUGCUAUAGAAUCUGAAAUCCCAACGGUCAGGGUUGUAGCUGAUGAGGAAUUCCUUCCUUUCAAAGAAGAUACGUUUGAUCUUGUUGUCAGCAGCUUAAGUUUGCACUGGGUGAAUGACCUUCCUAAAGCUUUCAAAGAGAUCCACCAGGUGCUGAAGCCCGAUGGAGUGUUCAUUGGAGCCAUGUUUGGGGGGGACACCCUGUACGAGCUGCGCUGCUCCCUGCAGCUGGCUGAGCUGGAGAGGGAAGGGGGCUUCUCUCCUCACGUGUCGCCCUUCACCGCCGUCGCCGAUCUGGGACAUCUCCUCUCCAGGGCUGGCUUUAACACCCUCACUGUGGAUACUGAUGAAAUCCAAGUGAACUACCCAGGGUUAUUUGAGGUUAUGGAAGACUUACAAGGUAUGGGGGAGAGUAAUUGCUCUUGGAAUAGAAAACCUCUGCUGCACAGGGAGACAAUGCUGGCAGCUGCUGCAAUAUACCAAGAAAUGUAUGGAAACAGCAAUGGCUCUGUACCUGCCACCUUUCAGAUCUACUACAUGAUUGGCUGGAAGUACCAUGAGUCACAGGCAAAACCAGCCCAGCGAGGUUCUGCAACAGUUUCAUUUGGAGACCUGGCAAAAAUAGAAGGACUUCUUAAAAGAGGAAAAAAAUAGUUGUUCUUCAGAAAUAAUAAUUGUCUUGAAACUUCUAUAGAAGUUUUAAUUGCAGACAGUCUUCACUUGUGCUUAUUUAGUGAUGACAUCCUGAAAUGAUAAUAAAGUAUGCACAAUAGAGCUUUUUGUACUGUGCCACAGCAUUAUCUGUGUGAAAUGGUGUUAAUUUUUUCUUUCUAGAUAAAUAUUUGAGCAGUUUGCUCUCUCAAGUCUUUGAGAGAGCAAUUCAACUCUAAACUUUUCAUUAAAUUUACUAUUUUCAAACAUAAUGCCUCUUUCAGCAUUUCAGUAUCACAGGCUGCUCCAGGUAUGGUUUACAUGUCCUGAAUGCAUUUUUUAAUUAUUUCUCAAGGAUAGUAGAUGAUAAUAAAUAAUAGUGUAUUAUAAAAGUAAAGGUGUAUUUAUGAGACAUCCUAUAAGAGAAACUAUCAGCAAAUACAAAGAUAUAAAUUGUCAUGGUUUUUAUGAGUUGGGAAGUAUGGGUAAAAAGUUACUGUAAGAGAUUUGAAUAAUUAAGUGAUACUUUAUCUAAAUGUUAGUUGAAAAUUACCUUUACACAUGACUUUCCAUUUUUCUAUGUUAGAGGCUAAAGAGCAAGAAGAGUAAUUUUCUCUUUAGCUGUGCCAUGGAGCUAUGACUUUUCUUGUCUAUAACUGCAUUACCAGAAAUUGAUACUAAUUGCAACUAUGAUCCAUUAGUAUGAGAGCUUUAGAAAAAAUAC